CAGAGCACCACUUCUCUCCAGGUUCAGGAGAGAAACCAUCACUGCACACGAUGCUUUUCCUCCCAGCUGCUGCUCUGUGCUGUCUGUGUUCAGAUUCACCAGAGGAAACGUCACUGAACACAACGGUUCACACAAUGCUUUUCCUCCCAGCUGCUGCUCUGUGUUGUCUGUGUUUAGCGCUGGUUACCAUGGCUGCAGAGCUGAUGCAGAAAGAUUUAACUUUGACUGCGACACCUGGCAAAAAAGUCUCCUUCAGCUGUGGAACUGCCCAGUGCAGUGGCAGCUAUGUGCACUGGUACCAGAAGAAAGACGAUGAUAAGUUCAGAGUGAUUCUUCAUAUUAACGUACGCACUGGUGAAGUCGACAGUGACUACAACCAUGCUCAGAAAAAAGAUUUCUCAGCUGUGAAAAACGAGAACAGCUGUGAGUUGGAGAUAAAUGCAGUUAGCCUCGUUCAUUCAGCCAUCUACUACUGCUGCUGUGCUCAAAGCUCUCACAGUGACAAAAGAUCCCUGCAGACUGAACAAAAACCAUCAAAGGAACAGCAGCAGACCACAGACCAGGUUCACACACACACUGACACAGGCAUCACCUUUAAAACCAUAACAACUAGUUUGUAUUCUAUUUAUAUAAGAAGUAAAAAUAAUCAAGACCAAAAUAAAUUCAGAGGAGAAGUGUCUAUAUUUUGUUGGGAAGCAAUAUUCCUCUACGAGAACAGCAACUGA